UCGUUAAACUGACGAGUGACUUGCUGUCCUGUUCGAAGGUGACGGAGUUGGUGCUCGAUAACUGCCGAUCCAGCAACGGCGAAAUCGAAGGUCUGAAUGACUCAUUUAAAGAACUGGAGUUUCUUAGCAUGGCCAACGUCGAGCUGACAUCGCUGGCCAAACUUCCCACGUUGAGUAAGCUCCGAAAGUUGGAGUUGAGCGACAACAUCAUUUCAGGAGGCCUGGAGGUCCUUGCGGAAAGGUGUCCAAAUCUCACAUAUCUAAAUCUAAGCGGCAACAAAAUCAAAGAUCUUGGCACUGUGGAAGCUCUUCAAAAUCUCAAAAACUUGAAGAGCCUUGACCUGUUCAACUGUGAGAUUACAAACCUCGAGGAUUACAGAGACAGCAUUUUCGAGCUGCUUCAGCAAAUCACAUACCUAGAUGGAUUUGAUCAGGAAGAUAAUGAGGCACCGGACUCAGAAGAUGAUGAUGAUGAGGAAGGAGAUGAAGAUGACGAUGAUGAAGAUGAGGAUGAAGCUGGUCCUCCAGGAGAGUAUGAAGAGGAAGACGAUGAAGACGACGGAGGUUCAGAUUUGGGGGAAGGAGAAGAGGAGGAGGAAGUUGGUCUUUCAUACCUGAUGAAAGAAGAGAUUCAGGAUGAAGAUGAUGAUGAUGACUACGUUGAAGAAGGAGGCGAUGAGGAGGAAGAAGCAGAGGGCAUUCGAGGGGAGAAGAGGAAACGAGACCCUGAAGACGAAGGCGAGGAAGAGGAUGAUUAAUUUGUUAUAGACACAAGUAGGACCAGACUCUUAAGUUACAGAAUACGCAAUAGUGAUUAUGCAGAUCUGUAUGUCUCCAUGUACCAUAGAUGUCCCUACAGAAGAUAAUACGUUAACUUUUUAUAGGAGAAGUGUGGUUUUACUAUUCUUGCCCUUUUUAUCAUUCCAAAUAAGAUAUAAUAGCCUGUUAGUGAACCUAUAUGUAGAUGACAAUUUUCAGCCCUAUAAUCACUGAAGCCAUUGUCAAGUUUUUCCCCCCCUAGACUUUUGUUUGGAGCUCUUUGAUUUUAUACAAGCUUGCUGUGUUGGUCAUCAUGAGCCCAGAGUUAAAACACCCCUUUCACGUGGGUUUAAUAUUGUGAAUUUCCUUCAAGAUUUUAAAAGUUUUUAUACUUAAAAAGCUGAGCUCAAAAAUGCUAUAUGGCAAAUUCCAGUCUCUGUCGUCUGAGUUUACCAGGGAUUUGAUUUGAAGUCGACAACUAGAUUACACCUUUAUUUCAGCUUUUUAAAAGGUGACUCCUGUAAUAUUUUUUUUUGUCUUCUAUCCAUUUUGUCUGUUGCAUUGUAAAGCCUAAGUGGGUUUCAGAAGAUCUUUUUUUUUCCUGCUUGUUCAGGUGUUCGGUGUUUGCUGGAGUAUUCACUAGAUACCUUCAAGAACCUAUCUUGGCAAACCGAAAGGGUCAUAACCCGUAAAUUUUCUCCAAAACACAUAGUCAUUGCAGGUAUUAACAAAAGCAACUAAUCUGUAGUUUAAACCCAUUUCGCUAGAAGUCUUUGGUAAACUUUCGCUCACUUUGGGAAUUCCGCAACCAUCGUCAUGUUUGGCUAUAAAAUACAUGCAUUUCUGAUGCAGAAGUGAACGGGUAACUCCUUCAAGCACAUUUUUUUUUUUUUUUUUUUUU